AUGGCAUCCUAUGAACCCAGCGUCCGUGGACAUUCGGAUUGGACGGGGGUGUUCACCAUGGAUGAUGGCUGGUACACGAGCAGCGUUGACUGUUCCAUUACUCCUAGACCCGGAAACAAGAAGAUGCGUCCACUCGGCUCCGUGUACGUCAAUGCUAGUAUCGCUCUUCUCGAGCAGAGACCUUCGUCCGGCACCCUCUUCUUUAACUUUGCGCAUGAUACCGAUAUCACCCCCAUCAUCGACGCACUGGGUAUCCUCAACCCACCCGAAGAUCUCCCCAUUGACCGUGUCGCCUUCGGCCAUUCAUGGUCGAGUAGUGAGCUGGUGCCAAUGGGAGGCCAUCUCACCAUGGAGCGACUGAGUUGCAACGCCACGGCAAUCUCGCCUGCAGGAAUAUACGUCCGACUAGUCUUGAACGAAGCCGUGGUGCCGUUCCGUGCCUGCCAGUCUGGUCCAGGCUAUUCCUGUCCCUUGGAGGAGUAUGCCUCCAUUCUCAGACAAGGGUUACCGGAUUAUGCCUCGGAGUGCGAGCUCCCAGAGUCCGAUCCACAGCAUUUGAACUUCUGGUGGGAUUACAGUACGGCGACCAGGGAUAAUUACCGUGAUGAGACGAAGUGUGAUUAA